CAACACAAAGACGCUGGACUCGGAUUCUGCGACCAAAUCCAGAACAAAGCUUCGACUCUCAUCCAAGCUCCCGGUUACUGGUUCAAUGACCAAUGGAAAACACUAUCAGCCAAGACCUUGCCUCAACAGAGAUGGACCAAAUACUUUCUACCCCCUCUACUGACAAUAGUACAGAAAUUGUUGAUGAUACAUCUUAUUCACAGUUUAUUACACCCUCCCUACAUAACGGGUCUGACCAACAAUGCAACUUUUUUGUACCAUCCCAAUAUAUUUCCAAUUUCAUCCCAGCUGUCUACAGUGUCAUCUUUAUCUUGGGAUACAUUGGGAACAGUGUGGUAAUCGCCUUCCUUUGUCAUCGCAGUCAUUUGAAAACUGUUGCUAACAUAUACAUCAUCAACCUAGCAAUUGCUGACCUGGUUUUCUUAUCCACUCUCCCAAUUUGGGCAGUCUAUAAUGCUACUGGGUACAGUUGGCAUUUUGGUUCAGUGAUGUGUAAAAUAUGCAGCUCUCUUGUGUCUCUCAAUUUGUACGCCAGUAUAUAUUUCAUUAUGUGCAUGAGUAUUGAUUGUUACAUGGCAAUUCUGCACCCUUUUGGAUCUCAGUCGAAGAGAACUCUAUGCCAUGUUCACUGCGUCAUAAUCCUUGUAUGGAGUUUGGCUUUGGUUGCAACCUUUCCAGCCAUCUACUUUCAAAGUGCCCAUUAUAUUGAGAAGAUGGGAAACACGGUGUGUGAAAUGGUUUACCCCCCAAGUAAUGCCAAUCAUUGGUCUGCGGCCAUGUCUUUGAUGGAAAAUACUCUGGGCUUCUUCAUUCCCUUCACAGUAAUAGGCACGUGCUAUAGUUUUGUUGCCUAUCAUCUGAUGAGAAUAGAAGUACCAGAAAAAAAUAAAUGUAAACGAGACAAGGCAUUGUGGAUGGUGAUUGCAGUCGUGUUGGCUUUUUUCAUCUGCUGGUUGCCAUUUCAUGUAUUAACAUUUAUGGAUGCAUUGUCAAGGCUGAAUUUCAUUGCUGAUUGUCAAACUAUCACUAUGAUCAAAAUUGCAAUGCCAAUCGCCAAUUGCCUCGGUUUUGCAAAUAGCUGCAUCAACCCUUUUAUUUACUGCUUUCUGGGAGAUCACUUUCAAGUACAGCUAUGCGACAAGGCUCAGAGAGGGCCCUCCAGACUCUACAGCCGGGGAAGCUCAUCAACCAGAAUCAGCAACCCUUCUCACAAGAACUGUGAUACAGGGUGUAUUGAUCUUAAUAAUUUAUGAGGCAUUAAAUAGAUUCAGUGAAGCCAGGAUUGCCUCCCAGCCAAGUUUCUACUGAUAACCAUAGCAUUUUAAUCUUUAAUUUCUAUUGGUGUAAAGGUGCCAAAAAAGUGUGCAUCUGAUGUUAAAAUCUAAGGCCUCCACCUAUAUUGGAAAUACAGCAUCAUGAUAAUUAUAAACUUGUCUUUAAAGAUUGCUUAAAAUUAUAAACUUUUCUAUGGAAUAAUAGAUGAUUUAGAUGAUAACUGGGAAUUUUCAGGAAAUAUUCAACCACCAAGUUUGUGUUGCAGCUGAAUUCCCAGCAUCACGGCCCAUACGCGUUGAGCCUUUUGUUUUCACUGAUUUUAUGUAUUUCUGUAAGAUGUUCCUCUGUAUGAAGUUUCCUUUUUCUCUGUAAUGGACAGUAACUAACAAUGUAUGAUCUGCUGCAUUAUGUAAUACAUGGAAUAUUAUUCUGUUACUCAGGAGAAACUUGUUUCCUUGCAGUAUUAAAGUUUAAUCAAUGUUAAGUAAACAGAGGAAGAAGAUGAGGGCAAUUAGAGUUUAAUAACUGCACAAGGAAGGAAGACAGGUUUAUAUAAAAGCUUUCAUUUCCUCA